CUCACCUCAAACAACGAAGUCACCACCUACCAGCCGGUCAGCCAUGUCGUCCACCAUCAAGGAGACCUCCGCGGUGCGGCUCAAGUACAACUGGAACCCAGAUGAAGACUUCUGCUCAAAGGGGCUCGGCGUGGAGGGCGAAGGCGUCAUCCAGCACGUCAAGUUCCACACGGUGACUGCAAAGGACAAGGUGGAGCGGUACAUCGUGGCGCGCGUCAAGGUGCGCUGCGCCUUUGCCACACAGCUCGACAAGUACGGCUGCGAAAAGGCCGUCGACCCUUCCGAUUACCCCGAGGACGAACGGUGUGUGUUGAAUCGCCUGGCAAACCUCACCAACCAGUUCAAGCACAGGACAAACGGCCUUGAGGAAGUCGAAGGCUGUGAUAGCGACGAGUGGGACGACGACGAUGACAGCGACUAACCAGCCACCGUUUGCGUUCAUGUGUGUGCGUGUGCGCAAAACUCUCUUGCGCGCCUUUCUGUUCUCUUCUCACAACAUUGCCCAUACAACCCCUUGUUCUCCUUUCUCCCUCUCCCUCCCUCUUCCUCCCUUCUCGCACUGCUCUCCUUCUUCUUCACUCUGCGUUACGUUCCACACACGGCGUUGUAGUAGAGAUAGUCGGAGACUGACACGCACCAACCAGUACACCCACCAACACUGCACUGCACUGCACUCAACACCUUGUCUGCAUGAAAAAGCCCCGUGCUCAGCUCAAUCCCGUGUAACACUAUCGUGCGUGCAGUGCAUGCAUGCAUGCAUGCAAGCAAGCAAGCACGCCAC